AUGACACCAAAUCAAAUCCCAACUUUACAUUAUUUCAAUGGUCGUGGAAGAGCUGAAGCAAGCAGACUUUUAUUGAGUUUGGCAGGUGUUGAAUUCAAUGAUGUUAGACACGCACUUCCUUUGGCUUUGGAUGGUAUCAAACAACAAGCAACCUACAAGCAAUUGCCAUAUUUCAUUGAUGGUGAUUUCGAAGUUGCCCAAUCACUUGCCAUCGAACACUACAUUGCUAGCAAAUACAAUUUGGCAGGUGACAAUCUGAUCGAUAGAACUAAAGUACUCUCUAUCUCACAGGCAGCCAUCGAUAUUUCAUCACCAAUCUUUUCAAAUGACACCGAUGAGAAGAAGAAAAAGUAUAAAGAAGAGACACUGCCACGUUUCCUCUCGGCAUGGGAGAAGAUUUUAGUUGAGAAUGGUGGAAAACACUUUGUUGGUACUAAAUUGACUGCUGCCGAUGCCAAUGCCUACUAUACACUGGAGAAUCUCUAUGCCAAGGAUUAUAAAGAGGUCGUUGACAACUAUCCAGCCCUCAGCAAUUUUAAAUCAACUUUUGAAGUAGAGAUAACAAACAAUGCAAACAUCAACAACAACAACAAUAAAAACAACAACAACAACAAUAACAAUAACAAUAGCAAUGACUGUAGAUUUGUUAUCAGUAAACCUAAUUGGAGUUGGAUAGCCAUCAAUCUUAUUCACCUCUUACAACAACACCCCGAUGGUAUCACCUACUCUAUUGUUAAAUCUGAAUUACAAAAGAAUUGGGAAACAUAUACUAGUGAUCUAAAUAAGAAUCAAUCAAAUACAAAUAGUAAACAACAACAACAAAAUACUACUAGUAACUACUCGAUUGCUAGUUAUUUUAAAAAAGAUGAUAUACCAUAUGAUAUGAUAAUAGAAUCAAAGAUAAUCGAUAUCAAUAAUAAUAAUAAUAAUAAUAGCAAUAAUAAUUUAAAGAACAACAAUAAUAAUAUUAUAGAUAAAAUGGACAUUGACGAGUUAAAUGAGUUUAUAUUUGACUUUGAUGUUGUUUCAACACCUUUAACAACAACCACUUCUACAACAACAACAACAAAAACAACAAAACCUAAUAAUAGAUUCUCAUACUCCCAAUUAAAGAUUGGUGAUUCUAAAUCAAACAUCAAUCAUUUCUUACAUACUAAAUUCAAUAGUUUGUUAAAUGAUCGUUACUUCUCAUCAUUAAAUCAUUCAAUUAUCAAACAAAAUAGAACUGUUAGAAUGACAAAUAUUCUUGUAAAUUAUAAUUUAUAUCAAUAUAAUCAACAACAACAACAACAAUUGGAUGUUAAAGCAAUCAAUGAUCCUAUGAAUAAUAGAAUAAUACUUCCAACUGAAAUCAUUGUAUUUAUAUUGGAUGAAACAGAGUUAGAUUGGAUCGAUAUCAUUAGUAAACAUCCUCACUAUAGAACAUUACAAGAUAUGAUGUUCAAUCAUUUUCGUAUUAGAAUUCAAGAUGAUGAUGCUCCUAUUCCAUAUAAUAAUCACUGUUGUAAUGAAGAUGGAUUCAUAAUGUUGGAUAUAUUAUCGAUAGACCAAUCACCGGUGAAAGUAACCAAUGAAAUGAAAUGGUAUAAUCUGAUACCUCAUGACAUUCAUUUCGAAUUCAAUAUGAAGCAAUCGAUCUAUUUACAUGAUAGGUGCUCAAACGCCACAGUACAACUCGUAUUCUGGGAUCAACACUGUAAGACUAUCAAUCUACUACAACCAAAUGAAACACUUGUAAUUAAAGGUUUACUCAUCUACAGUAAAAGGCUAUCAUCAUCAUCUACGAACAUCAUUAACAACAACAAUAAUAAUGAUAAUGAAAAUGACAACAACAACAACAAUCAUCGUCCAUUCAUACAUGUAUUUGAAGUUACCAACUCUACUAUCUUCUUUAUCAUACCUUCAUCCACAGCUAAAUCUACAAGUGAACCAACAACAUAUGUAAAUGAAUACUUUGAUACAAUUAAUACAAUAACAAAUAUUAAUAAUGUCAGCAAUAAUAAUAAUAAUGAAAUAGAUAUGUAUUAUUAUAUGAAUCAAAUCAAUUUAAAUGAGAUUCUAUUUGGAAUGAAACGUAUAUCAUUACUUGCAAGAGUGAUAUCAAUUGGUAAAAUAAAACUAUCGGAUAAUGAAACUUUAAAGCUACCUAUUAUUAUUAGUGAUUCGUCGAAUACCAAUAUGACAUUGAUUCUAACCGGUAGGAACAUACAAAGAAUAUCAAGUUUGAUUCGAAUUGGUCAGCAGUGUUUCUUUAGCAACCUAUACAGUAGCAGUGUUGGUGCCUGUGGAAGUGGUGCUAACAUAGAGGAAGAUCAAAAACUUAAACUAUUCAUUAAUAUUGAUCAUGAACAUACAAUUAUUCAACCUGUCAGUUCAUUGGUUGGUGUAAUCAAUUCAAAAUUCCUAUACAAAACCAUUGAUAGUCUAUCUCAACAAUCACAAUAUCAUAAUACAAUAGUUAGAAUUACUAUAAGAGAUUUAGUUUUAUAUGAUAAAUUACCAUUGUUUGCAUUUCAUAAAUCAUGUAAAAGGUUACUUACAUUAAGUAACACAAAUAAUAAUAAUAAUAACAACCCAAAUGGUAACAAAAAUAUAUUUGAAUGUAAUCAUUGUGUAUCAACUGUAAGUCCAAAUGAAAUGGAGAAGUUGUAUCAUCUUUCAUACAAGAUAUCGACAACAAAUGAUGAUCAUAUUAUAGUUGCAACACCAUCCACUCCACUCAUAAACAGAUUUAUUAUUGGCAUAGAGGAGAGCGAAUUUGAGAAACUAGAGUCUGCAGACCAAAGAAAUCAUAUAUUAAAAUCGAUUAUUGAAUAG